AUGCAUUGGGAGGAAUUGAAUAUGGUUUCUGAUAAACACAAAAAUUCCAUUUUUAAGGGGAUUUCGGUGCUUGCGAGGACGGAAAUGCCCGUCACAAAACGGGUGGCCAUAAAUUUCCGGUGGGGUGUGAACUUCCCUGAGGAUUUGGGGAAGCAAAUGCCAGUUUUGAGCGUGAAUAAGAUUGGGAUUGAGAGGAUUCAUGAGGCAAAGGAAGAGAAGGGUGUGAAAGAGAAGAGUAAGGGAGGUGAUGUGGAAUUGAUGAAAGGAAUGUUUUUAUGGAUGAGAAGAGAACUGGAUGUGUUACAGAGAGAUAAUAGGGAGAUGAAGCAUAGAUUGGAGGAAAUGAAGUUGGGGAACUUGGCCAGCGAUCAACGUGGGGGCGCUGAGGGUGUCAGAAAGAAGGCAUUGCCAGUGCUUGAAAAUCCUGGUGCGUUUGAGCAGUGGAGGAGCAAGAAUAGUGGUGGGCAAGAGAAUGGUUGGAAAGAGGCGAAGAAGAAUGGGAAUCGUGUAAGUGAUGUGGAGAGUGAAUUGCAGAGAGCUAUUAAGGCAGCUUCCUCUUAA